AUGGCCGAGGAAAGCCGGGGCGAUGCCGAUCCCUACCUCCUAGACCAAAUCGUCCCGUUGGGAGAACUCCUGGGGUUCCAGGAACCAGCGCUGGGUCGAGAUCCCCGAAACCUCAGCAGCUACGACUUCAUCGUGGUGGGCGGCGGCACCUCCGGCUGCACCCUGGCCUCCCGCCUCUCGGAGGACCCCCGGCGCUCCGUGGCCCUGAUCGAGGCCGGCGGCGUGGAGAACCUGGGUCACCUCACACCCCUGCUGUCCAGCUACACCCAGCUGACCGCCUCCAACUGGGGCUUCAAGUCGGUGCCCCAGAACGCGUCCUGCCUGGGGAUGAACCACCGGCAGUGCGCCCUGCCCCGGGGGAAGGUCCUCGGAGGCUCCAGCUCCAUCAACACCAUGAUCUACAACCGGGGGAACCGGAGGGACUACGAUGGCUGGGCGGCGGCCGGGAAUCCCGGGUGGAGCUACCAGGAGGUGCUGCCCUACUUCCUCAGGAGCGAGAGGGCGCACUUGGAGGGCCUGGAGCAGUCCCCCUACCACAACCACAGCGGGCCACUGAGCGUGGAGUUCGUCCGCUACCGAACCAAACUGGCGGAAGCCUUCGUGGAAGCCGCAGUGGAGGCGGGCCUGCCCCUCACGGACUACAACGGGGAGUCCCAGAACGGGGUCUCCUACGUCCAGGCCACCACCCUGAACGGCAGGAGGCACUCGGCCUACUCCGCCUACAUCCAGCCCGUGAGGGAUCUGCGUCCCAACCUGCACAUCUUCACCUUCGCGAGGGUCACCCGGCUGCUGGUGGACGAGGCCUCCAAGACCGCCUACGGGGUGGAGUUCCUCCACAAGAACCAGAGCUACGUCUUCAGGGCCCUCAAGGAGGUGAUCCUCUCGGCCGGGGUCUUCGGCUCGCCCCAGAUCCUGAUGCUGUCGGGGAUCGGGCCGGAGAAGGACCUCAGGGCACUGGGGAUACCCCUCGUGCAGGCCCUGCCGGUGGGCCGGAGGAUGUACGACCACAUCAGCCACUUCGGACCCACCUUCGUGACCAACACCAGCCGGCAGACGAACUACUUCUCGCGGGUCACCACCACCGACGUGCUGUCCUUCUACACCGACUCGAAGGCGGACACCCGGAUGAGCUCCAUCGGGGGGGUGGAGGCGCUGGCCUUCCUCAAGUCCAACCGCUCGGAGCUGCCGCCGGACUGGCCCGACAUCGAGUUCAUGAUGACCGCCGGGAGCCUGGCCAGCGACGAGGGCACCGGCGUCAAGAUGGGCGCCAACUUCAAGGACGAGGUCUACGAGAAGCUCUACAAGGAGCUGGCCAAGAGCGAGCAGGACCACUUCACCCUCCUGGUGAUGCUCUUCCACCCCCGGUCUGUGGGUCGCCUGUGGCUGAAGGACCGGAAUCCUUUCAGUCCGCCCCAGCUGGACCCGCAUUACUACACGGAGGACCGGGACGUGGAGGUGGUCCUGGACGGGAUCAAGGCGGCGCUGAGGAUCAGCGAGAUGCCGGCCCUGCAGAGGAUCGGCGCCAGGCUCCUCAACAGGAUAGUUCCGGGCUGCGAGGACUUCCAGUUCGCCUCCGACGACUACUGGAGGUGCUCCAUCAGGACCCUCUCGUUCACCAUCUACCACCAGGUGUCCACCUGCCGGAUGGGGCCACGGAUUGAUCCUCAUGCAGUGGUGGACCAUCGCCUCAAGGUGCACGGGAUGAGGCGACUGCGGGUGGUGGACGCCAGCAUAGUUCCCGUCAUCCCUGCCGCCCACACCAACGCCGUGGCUUUUAUGAUUGCCGAGAAGGCGGCGGAUAUGAUACGAGACGAGUGGGGUUCCUCGGAUUAGGAGGGUCAAGAGGGCAAGUCCAGGGGUCGUAUAUAGAGGUCAUAAUUAGAGGUCAAAUCUAGAGGUCAACUUAAGUCUAGAAAAUAAAUAAAUAAUAUAAUUUUAA